AUGGACCUAACGCCGCCGCCGCAGCAUCUACCGGCCAAUGCGUCUGGCAUCCGACAUCAUCACGAUCCCUUCGGCCGCCCCUUUGCUGCCCUCGGCAUCCGGCCCGAAGCUGCGCAGCUCCAGCGCAUCCGCAAGUUUGCGUCGCCUCCGAUGCUGGGAAAGGAGCUCAACUUUCGCAAGUGCCCUUCGCCCAAGCAAACAAAGCUCGAGACGGACCACUCGUUUGUGCUUUCACAGAAUGCAAAACAUAAUCGGGACUUGUCGGGCAAAAGUGGCCUGUGGAGGGGCUACUGCUGCAGGUCGGAAUCCACCGGCGGCUACCUUGUCCCGGCGGAGCUGCAUCCCCCAGCAAUGAUGGCGACGCCCCGGACACCCGGCACCCCCAAAGAAUUGUUUGCGCACGAAGUCGACUGCGUCCUGGCGGUGAGCGACGAGCCCGCGUCACUCUGGGACGCGGCGGCCGCGGAGUCGCCCGGCAGCUUGCCCGGGACGUGCGCGGGGACGGCCGAGCACCGACUCCGCAGCCGCGCCCCCAAGGGCCUGCACAUGCUCCACGGGCUCGACGAGCGCCUGCAGCAGGAAAAGGUGCGCGCCGAGCGCGACGACAAAAUUGCGGUCGAGUUUGGCGACGAGUUUGUCACACAAGUCUACAACUACCUCUCGCUCGGGUACCCGGCCAUGGCGCGCUCCUUUGACGAGGAGCUCGCCAGGAUUAGCCGCGUCAGUGUCGAGGAUCUGGGCCGUGAUGACGACAAGCAGCUAGCCAAGGGUCACAUGCUCGAGAUGAGCCUCGACGACACCCCCGAAGAGGCGCGCUGCCCGCGCUGGAAGGCGCUGCGCGUGUACAUUGUCGAGUGGGCGCGGCAGCACCCGGACCUCGACAAUCUGAAUCCUCUGGCGUGGGGCGUGCAUGAACGACGUGGCAGCUGGGCAAUCUAA